AUGUGCAAUAUUAAAGCAGGCAGUGCACUUGCUGAGUUGAUUGUGAGAGCUAAGCUUAUUGUAUGGGAUGAAGCACCGAUGAUUCAUAAACAUUGCAUAGAAGCCGUGGAUAGAACUGUAAGAGAUAUUAUGCGUGUAUGUGAUGAAUUAAAUAGGAACAAACCGUUUGGUGGAAAAACAGUUGUUUUUGGUAGUGACUUUAGACAGAUCUUGCCAGUUGUUCCUAAAGGCAGUCGUCAAGAUGUUGUGAAUGCUACCAUUAACUCAUCUUAUCUUUGGAAGAGUUGCACAGUUUUAAGGCUGGCAAAAAAUAUGAGGCUUUUGAAUGUGGAAAAUGUUGAUGAAGCUUCUAAAUUGAAGGAAUUUUCCUCUUGGGCUGCUUCUAUUGGUGAUGGUGUUAUUGGUGGUCCAAAUGAUGGUGAAGUGGGUAUUCAACUUCCUAUUGACAUUGUUUUGUCAAAUUCUGGUGAUCCUCUUAGAACUAUUGUUUCAAACGUCUAUCCUUCUUACAUGAAUCCUGAAGAAUUGAUUAGUUGUUUGCAUGGUCGUGCUAUACUUGCUCCUACUUUAGAGGUAGUUGAUGAGGUUAACCAAUUCAUGAUUUCUUUGGAUCAGUCUCAAGGUCGAGUUUACUUAAGUUCUGAUAGUAUUUCAAACUCUGAUUCCACAUCAAAUGGUCUUGCUGAGAUACAUUCUGUUGAGUUUUUGAAUAGUUUGAAGUGUUCUGGUACACCUAACCAUGAAUUGUUGCUGAAAGUUGGUACACCUGUGAUGUUGUUGAGGAACAUAGACCUGUCAAACGGGUUGUGUAAUGGCACAAGAUUGAUAAUUACACGAUUAGGUGAUUAUGUGUUAGAGGGACAUGUAUUGGGUGGCCAUAAUAUUGGCCAUAAAGUGUUGAUUCCUCGAAUGUCCUUAAUACCAUCUGAUCCGAGAUUUCCUUUCAAGUUCCAAAGAAGACAAUUUCCUUUGGCUGUGUCGUACGCAAUGACCAUUAACAAGAGUCAGGGUCAAUCACUCUCUCAUGUUGGAUUGUUUUUUAGAAAACCUGUUUUCAAUCAUGGACAACUGUAUGUUGCUAUAUCAAGAGUCACAAGUCAUGAAGGUUUGAAGAUUUUGGUGUGUAAAGAUGAACAAGGUGAAAGCAAUGGUGAUUCUACUGUUAACAUUGUUUAUAAAUAA